AUGGCGGACGCGCGAUCCUUGCUGCGUCAGCAACGCGCCGCUCGACAGGAGGCCCAAAAAGCGCUGCAACAGUCGGCAAGCCCUGCAACAGCGCCGGCUUCCAAGAAGCGCAAGGCCGCAGAGCAAAGCGCAAAAGACAGCAAACGAACACGGACCGAAGAGGAGGCCGGCGUGCCAGCUGGCUUCUUCGAUGCGGAGGCCGACCAAGACGAUGAUGCGCCUGUCGAUGCGCCGACGGAUGCACCACCAGAAGAUGCGCCAGCAACGGCUGUACAACCCCCAGAUACCCCAAAGGCCGCGAAUCCACCCCUCGACGCAGCAGCGGAAGCAGAGCUCGACGCCUUCAUGAACGAGAUCGACCAAGAGAAGGCCGCCCAGCCUCCACCCACAUUCUAUGCCAAUGCAGUCGUCGAAUCUGCGCCCAUGUCCGCCGCCGAGAUCGCUGCACAGGCACGACAAGACCAGAGCGCACAACGGGCCAAGAACGACGAGGAGAUGGAGGGCGAAAAGGAGGAUGCUGCUCGUGCACUAGAGGACGAGUUUGAGGAAAUGGAUGGCUUGGAGGAACGCGUCAAAAGACUACGCGAACAGAGAGAGGCGCUGCGAACCAAGUCGGUACAAACUGUGCCACAAAAGGACGUUGUGACGCAUCCCUCGCCACAAGAGGAAGAGGGAGAGAGCGACUGCAUUGAGAGAGAGUGA